AUGCUUAUGAACCAAAUUAGUGAUAUUUUUGCUAUAGUCGAUUCAGAUCAAAAUCUGGACUACAAUACAUGGAAGACUAGAAGGAAAAAUAUCAUUAAUUCGAUAGGUCCAUUGAUUUUUAAUCUUUCUGAAAAUGAAUUAAUUUCAACAUUCGCUUCUUGGGAGAAAUCCAUUCAUAAUGCGUCUAACACGGAUAAACAAAGGAUACAAAUGAAUCUACUGAUGGCUUUUUCGAUUUUAAGCCAUUUUCAAGAUAAUUAUGAUCAUAUUAAGCGAUUGAUGAAUUACGCCACGAAUUUACUUUCCAGUAAGGUCAUGGAUGUUGCCAAUGCAGCUUCGAAGACUCUUUACUGGAUUGCGAUAGAAUUAACAGACAGCGGAUUAUUGUUCAGAGAUACAAUAUCCAACGUCUUCGAAUGGUUGGAGACAAAACCCAAGCUUGCAAUAAACGCACUCGAAGUCUUAAAACGCACUAGAAAAUUUAAUAUUAGUUACGUAAUCAACACAGUUAUAAAGAAAUUCAAAACUAUAUUCCAGUAUGCAAUCAGUGAGGAUCCAUCAAUACGAAUUUUGGCAGCACAAGUGAUUUCGUAUCAAAUUCAGGCUUUGGAUUCACAAACAACUCAAAAAUUCGUGUUAACUCCUUAUUCUACAUGCAUGAAUUAUAUACUACAAAACAAAACACCUCAAACGCAGGGUCCGCUAAGGAUCAUUCGUGCAAUUAUACCAUUAUAUCCUCACUUCUUUUUACAGAACUACAAAGUCUUUGUAAAGGCGUUAAUUGACUUAGCAUCGAACAGCUGUGAUGAUCUUUCACUCGAAGCUCUUUACGCAGCUUUAGAAAUUGCAAAAACUAAUAUUCUUCAUUAUACUGAUAAUCAUAUAACAAAUCUAUUCUCCGCGUUAUGUACAAAAUGUCUGAAGAGUAAUCAGAUGACUCCUUUCUUCAAAAUUUUAGAUAUUUAUAUCAGAUUUUUCCGGCCUCACAAAUUGGUUCCUUACCUUGUUGACUUCGUGUACAGAACUCUCAUGAUGCCAAAUCUCAAAAAAUUAACCCCAAAUGGCUUGUUUAUUCUCUCAACAAUUUUUGAAAUUUUCCCUGAUGCAAAAAUACGGCCAGAAGCGCUGAAAGACGUCUACCCAUGCGACAACUUCAUCAAGUGCAUAAAAAUGAAGAUGUCACUCCUCAACCAAAUCCGUCCUUACUUAAUUUCGAUAUUAAAAAAAGGUUUGUCGCCAAAAGCGCCGGAAUCGUCAAUCAUCAUGUCACUCAAACUUAUACAAGCAUUUCCUCUUAAUUUACUUGAAAAAAAAUCAAAAUUACUGUCAGAUAUUCAGCCUUUGAUGGAAUGCACUCAGGAAUCAAUAAAAAUAGAACUACUUAAAGCAUUCGCAACUAUACAAACUUCUGACUCCCUUUCAAUAAUUUUAAAUUUCGCAUUAUACGAUCCUUGCGAAGAAGUAAGAUUUUCUUCGAUAAAAGCGCUUGAACCAACUGAGGAAUUGUCUUUCUACAAAAAUAUACUUCUUUCUUUGAACGAUCCAUCGUUUAACGUGAGAAGAGAAGCUCUGAAAUUAGUUUCCGGUUUGUCUGAGUUUAAUCCUUUUGACAUUAAUCCAACAUUAAUAGAUUACGUCAGGUUCGUCAUCACUGCGAUGAAAUCUAUAUCAGAUGUAAGGUUAUCGAGUCAAUACGCCUCAUUACUUCCAAUUGUAGCGGAAAAGAUGUCAAAUAAUUUAAUUUCGCUUGUUCCAAGCAUAAUUUCCCUAUGUUUGGGCUUCCUUUGCCAUGAUUCAAAAACAGAUGAUAUUCAAACUGUACAAAGUGAUGAUUUUAGGGAUCCACAAAAUAUAACAGCUGAUUUAGAAAAGUUUAAGAAGUCGGAACCUAAGAGAUAUCGAGUUUAUACUAUAAUUAAUUCAAAAUACUUUGAUUUACGUGACGCGUACCUUCUAGAUACCCUUGCAAUCCUUGGUCAAUUAGUUGAGCCGUACAUGCAGCGUGUUCUUUUGGCUUUCCAUCAUAUUUUCAUUUCGAGGCAAUCUUCAGAACUCCUUGAGAAGGCCAUUAACUCACUAGCCAAACUUGCAUCGAGCAUAUCAACUGGAUUAAACAUCAGACUUUACUGUCCGCAGAUCAUAACUGCUUUGAUGAAGUUAUUAUCUGCCAGAAAAGGUAAAAAAGUAUCAAUUGCCAUUCUUAAAUUGCUUGGAACAGCAUGUGAUAUCAGUAACCUUCCAAAUGACCACUUAGAAGAGAAUUCCCAGACAAAUUCUUCGUUAAAUAUGAAACAUCCUGGAUAUUUCACUAAUUUCACUCUUUCCCAUCUCGUUCCUUGUUUCGACCAGCCAUCAAUGCCAGUUUUCGAAGCUGUGGCCAUGAUUUUCGAUUCCACGCCUGUUUCUGCUUCAUUUGCAGUAAAAAUCAUCCCGGCUUUCAUUAGCGGCAUAGAAAAUGCAGUUGACAGCAGGUCCAGAGAUAUUCUGUUCACCCAACUGAACUGGAUUACGAGUCAAUGCCCCAGAGAAACAAUAAUUUUGCUUCCUCUGCUGGCAGAGACGGCCAAGAGCUACAUAAAUCUCGUUGCCUGCAUGGAGAUGUGCAUCACGUUGAGCUACAACCUCAUUGGAACCUUCACUGAAAGUGCGAAAAAAUUAUAUUUCCCUGCUCUCAAAAUGAUUGAAAGCGCAAGCGACGAAUUAUAUCUUAAAGAGCUCCUGACGUUUAUCUGCUAUGUGAUUAUCUUCCAGAAUCAGCCAUUCGAGCUAUUUAUACAAACAAUUGAAUUAUUACUUCCUCAGAAGGUCCAACCUUUCUUUAUCAAGCGAGUUUGCAAUGCUCUGACCUUACUUAUACAGAACUGUGAGCUAACAAUGUACCAAUCACGCAUUGCUCUGAUUAUAUCUCAAUUAUUUAAGUACGCAACGAACAAAAGCGACGUGAUUGAGAUAUGUUAUACCUCAGCGGCCUAUUUGGGAACGCCAUUGACCAUGCUAGAGUUCUGGCAAAUAACAUACGGAAUCAAAUUAGAGAAUAUCAACGUAUUGAGGUCAUUACUGAGCAGUCAAAGUACAAUAGAUCCGAAAUUAUGCGACUUCAUCCCUCAAAUGAAGCCUGUUUCUCCCAAAGUUGUUUUGGAUAUUCCUUCAAUCACCGAAAUUUCUGAUAUUUUCACCGGUCUAAACAUCCCAGAUGACUUAAAUAUCAGCAAAUGGCUGGAUGAGCUAUGCGAACGAGUGAUCCAGUACUCUCCAAGCCCUGCAAUCAGAGCCUGCAAAGUUGUUGUCAGUCUAAACAACAAUUUCAGGAUCCAACUAUUUCCAAUUGCCUUCUUUUCAUGCUGGCUGAAGGCGGAUAAGACACAAAGAGAGGCUUUCUCCUCAAUUGUGAACCAUAUCAUAACUCAUUGCGCCCAAAUCGACCCAUUCUUCUCCAAAAUAGCCGAAAUCCUUGAUAGAGCCAAUGAACCAUUGCUAAUUUCAGACAGAAACAUUGCAAAGUGCUGCGAUUCCAGACCAUUAAAGUUAUAUUUCACGCAAAGGUUGUAUCGCGACAACAUGAAGGAUCCGCAGAUUGUAGACCUAUUGAUGCAGCUCAACACAUCGAUGGGAAGGCUCUCCAGUGCUCGCGGACUCUUAGUUGACGCGAAAGAGACAUUGGCUGCGGAAUCAGCAGGAAAAUGGUCCGAAAUGCUUGGAAAAUGGGACAACGCCUUGGAAAUCUACAAGAAAGAUGACGAAAACAAUCCUAACUUGAUCACUGUCUACUCCAACCUCGAACAGUGGAAGAACAUCAUCAGUUUCGAACCUCUUUUCGAGAACAUGUCGAGAGAUGACCAGCAGAAGUUCGCUGCUCACUUUGCACUCGCUUUCUUCCAAGUCGGAGAACUCAACAGAGCUGAGAAAUACAUGACUUUUUUCCCACCUGAAUUAACAAUGAACCAAAUCUUCUUCCAAGCAGUUUUCUACACAAGGACACAAAAACUCGACUUGGCUGAGCAGUCAAUCAACAAAGGACUCAUCAAUUUAGCUCAAGACAAUGCUGCCUACUCAUCUGGUGAUGCGUACAGGGUCCACGAGAACAUUGCAUACGCUCAUGCCUUUGUUGAGUUGCAGGAAGUGAUUGACACAAAGCGAAAUUCGAAGAAAAUCACUGCAGAAAUUGCUGAUUCGAUUUGGUCCAAACGAUUGACUGGAUUCAAGAGGGAUUCCGAUGGCUGGAUCAAGCUGAUAAGAGUCAGGUCACUGGUCAGUCUUCAAGAGCAGUACACUCCUGUUUAUUUGAAACUUAUUUCAGUUCUGAGGAAGGAAAGAUGUUGGAAACUGAUUGACACAUAUUUCGACAGGUUCUUUUCUGGCAGCAUUUUGCCUGAAGUGGAAUUCGCUCAGUCCAAAAUACUGUGGGCAAGAGGAAGAAGACAAGAAGCUAUUGAUAACUUGAGAUACCUUUUCGAGAUACUCCAAAUGAAAGAUGAAACAAAUUUCCUAAAAACAAUUGAAAAAAUUAAAAUUACAAAAGUGACAUCAAUUUUGAAUUCAUUUUUCAGUUUGAAUUUAAUUGAUGCCGAUCUUUCCAAGGAGAUCAAGUCACUGUUACCACAUGAUACAAUCAAAGGCAGCCUCAAGAAUGUCAUCAAAUCGUUGCCAAAUGAGUUACAAUACAAAAUAUUGUUGACAAUUUCCCAAAAAUAUCCAACAAAAGUUUUAAACAUGUGCAAGGAAUCAUUUAGACUAAACAAACUUACGAACCAGUUCAGAGCUAAUGUCAACAGAUUACUUGCUACUUACAUCUCAUUCAAUGAUGAUUUGAGCUUCGAAUCGAUGAAAGAAGUUCUCCUUUUGUUCGAAAUUUCGAAGGAAGAGUCGAAUUCAGAUUACAGAACAUGGCUCGGAUGGGCCUACACGAACUCCAGAUUGAUAAACAUCAACCCAGAGGAGAAAGACAAGUACUCGUACAACGCUGUCACUGGUUUCUUGAAGGCAACGCAGCUGACAACGAAAGGAACUUUGGAAUACUUGUGUCAGAUGUUUUCUAUCUUCUUCCAAAUGACGAAUUCUUCUCUCAUUAAUUCUGAUCUGCUCGAGAAAUUGAGGUCUUUGCCACCACAGGACAUAAACCAGAUAAUACCACAGAUAACUGUCCAAAUAAACCACAAGGAUGAGUUCAUAAGAAACGCUGUUCAUGAGAUAUUAAAGAACUUCGGAGAGAUACAUUUCCAAGCUCUGUUUUAUCCCCUGAAACUCUACGAAAACUGCCAAAACCAAGAAAAAGCGAUGAUUGCGAAAUCUCUGAUACAAAAGAUCUCCAAAAACCACGAAGAAGAAUACGCAGACGCAGAGCUCUUCGUGGACGGAUUGCUGAGAUCUGCAAGUUCAUGGUUCGAAGAGUGGCUGAUGUCAAUUGAUUUGGCGAGUAGAGCUGACCACGAACACAACAAAGCGAAAAUGGAGUCAAUUUUACAGAGACAGUUUGUAAAGUACCAAAAUCCGAAAUGCGAUUUCGAUAAGUGGUUUGUGAAACUACAUGAUCAGUUGAUACAGCAGGCGAAAUCUUGUUUCGUGCAGAACACUCCUGAAUCUAGAAAGAUGAUGUGGGAUAUAUUCAAACACAUAUUCAAGCAACUGACAGAGAGAGUGAAAAAGCUUGAUUUAGUUUUACUUCCAAAAGUAUCAGAAAACUUGGCAAUGAAAGUUGGCUUCAAGAUCGUUAUCCCAGGUACAUAUUCAUUCACUCACCCAGCGCCUCUCCUCAAGAGAAUCGAGCCGGCACUCCAAGUUCUAAGCACACAACAACACCCAAGAUGUGUAUUAAUGGUUGAUGAAAAAGGUGACAAAGUGAAGUUCCUCCUCAAAGGAAAUGAAGAUUUACGGUUAGAUCAACGUGUUAUGCAAUUCUUUGUUCUUAUCAACUCACUACUCAACAACAGCAGACAGAAGCGAGAGAUUCCUGCCCAGAUAGCGCAAUACGCGAUCAUUCCAUUAGCUCCGACCGCUGGAUUGAUUUCCUGGGUCACUGGAGCAGACACUUUGCACCAAAUGAUAUGCGACAUGAGAGUCACGAAAGGAAUAGAGCUCAGCGCAGAGAUGGAGGUCAUAUCCAAAACAGUCGGCUCAGUCUACCAGUACCUCAACAAAGUGCAGCUCCUCGAGCAGUUCUACGAAAUCUCGAAGUACUGCCCAGCAACAGAAGUCAGAGAUUGCCUCUGGAUGAGGUCUCCAAACGCCGCGGCCUGGCUUGGCAGAAACAGGAAUUUCACAAUAACAAACGCGUUGAUGUCAAUGGUUGGAUACAUCAUUGGUUUGGGCGACAGGCAUCCCUCAAACAUAAUGGUCCAAAGAGACACAGGAAGAGUGAUUCACAUAGAUUUCGGAGACUCUUUCGAAACAGCGGUUACUCGGCCAAAUUUCCCUGAAAAAGUGCCGUUUAGAUUGACAAGGAUGAUUGUCUGCGCCUUCGACAACGGCUCUGUUGAAGGAAUGUUCAGGAGCGCUUGCGAGGACGUCAUGUGGAUGCUGAGAGACAACAUGAGCCCGAUUGUCGCUCAGUUGGAGAUUUUCAUCCACGAACCUUUGGACGAAGAAAAUUUCAGCUCUUCGAACAAAGCGAACUCUAGGCAGAUCAUAGACAGAGUCAUAUCCAAGCUCAAUGGAAGGGAUUCACUGUACGAGGACGCAGCCAUUGAUGGAGAGCCAGAGCUUUCAGUUGAAGAACACGUUGACUCCCUGAUCAGAAUUGCAGCUGACCCUGCAAGGUAUAUAACGCAUUACGGCGGCUGGUGUCCAUUCUGGUAA